AUGGAACACAUAACGACAGUUCAUGAAACUCCUCCUGACUUUCAGUGUCAAAUUUGGUAAGAAAUGAGAGUUGAGUUGUGUCAAAGAUAAUUGUCAAACCCCACAAUUGAAAAUAUAUUUCUAUUUUAUGUUUGCAGUCACCAACUCAUGAUUUUCCCCGCGAUUAUUCCAGAAUGUGGCCAUACUUACUGCAAAGAUUGCCUAGUACGAGUACAAAAUCAAGGGGCUGCAAAACACUGCCCAAGUUGUCGUACGCCAAUAUCUAGCGAACUGAAAACCAACUUCACCGUCAAGAAGCUCGUGGAGAAUUUAGAAGCAAAAUGUGACCUCUGUCAAUUGGAAGGUAAAAUUGAACAACUCGCGAAUCAUAAAUGCCCGGAGGAGGAGAUUAAAUGUGAAAACGGUCAAUGCAGUACCAAAGUGAAGAGAAAAGACCAGGAAAGACACGAGGAAGAAUGCAUUUUCAAAGUGGUGUUCUGCGAGAGGUGUCAUCGAAGCACCACAGUGGCAAACUUAGAAAUCCACCGCGAGGAGACAUGUCCGGAAGGUGAAACUAACUGUCCACUUAAGUGUACGAAGCGUCCAAAAAGGUAUGUUUGAUCUUACAAAUCUCAACAGUAUCACAUUGAGUUUCAUUCGUUAAUAAGGCAGCCAGUAGUCUCGCCACGUGGUGAGUUCGCCCCAACUAGUUUGAACCAGAAGAAAUCGUGCUCAAUCAUAGAAGCUCCAUGAUAACCGGAAUUAGCCUCGGAAAAUUUUUAGAACUAAAUCCACGAUCCAUGAGCCAUUAUGAUUUUAUUAUGAGACCCCGUACUCUCUUUGUACCAAAGCUUGUUUCGAGGUAAACUGUGAUUCAACUGAAGCACUUGACAUACUUUGCCAACCCUUUUGUGCCGUGGGGUGUGGUAGUGUUCAGUUUUUUUUAAAAAGGCUAAAAUUGACCCAUUUUGACUUACUUUUACGUCACUCUUUGAUUACGAUAGCAACUUAAUAAGCAACUUGUUUACUGGCAGUUUUUGUCGCAACACCAACUGCAGUUGUGAUAAAGGCUGACGAGUCCUCAGCUUCUACGUUUGCAGGAUUAGGAUCAACUUUCGCGGCUGAGUGAAAAUGACUAGCCUCAGUUACGUUGUAAUAAGAAUGAUAUGCCUGACUUCAGGUCGAGGGCGGUGCUAUGAUCAAAACCGGGUGAUCAUAUGCAGAUCUCCUUGAAGUCUGCGGCCAAUCUUUAUAAAGCUUCAAAGUGGAAUUUUUAAGGAUAGAAAUGUCUUACGAUUGCGGUGUCAUAUCCAACUAGGACGAAAAAGUCCUGUAGAAAGCUUUACUUUCAUUAAGCUGUAAUCGGUAGCUGGUUGAGAAUAUGCGUGUUCAGUGCAAAAGGCCGCGGCAUAGUUGAAAGUACGGAACCAAGCUUUUCGCGGCGCGAUGUAGGCGAAAUGGCACUGACCUAUUCUGGACCGCAUUGAAAGUGUGCCAUGGUUACGCUCUAACGCUUUCCUUAGCUAUGACCAGUUGUAUGACUGCUGGACAUGUUUUUAAUAAAGCUAUUGACAAGAGGUCACCGAGAUAGCUAGUGCCGUAAAUUAAGCUUGAGUUGGUUCAUUAGGCCGGGUUAAAUCACUGAUAUUAUAACAAUCUAUACUCUUUCGUAGGAGAGAACUACAACUUCACCUCAGCGAGUGCCGCCAAAGGCAAAGAGAAUGCAACAUUGUGGGCUGCAAGUUCUGGGGGAACAGCCGCAGCUUAGCCGAACACAACAAGGAUGAAGCGGAGAGACACGUGUCUCUUUUACUUAUAGAGAACCGAAAACUUCAAGAAGCUCUUCUCGGUGCCGUAAGUAAAAUGUUAUACUAUGGGUGUCUCGAUAUUUAAUUGAAUAUUACAAUAUUUUUGUGUUCCAAAUAUCAUCUAACAUACUUUUUGGAGUGCUUUAAGACUCCACACACUGAAUAAAAGCUAAUAACAGACAAGCGAUUUCUCAGUUGUCCAAUCAAUUUGCUAUUAUUCCGAAAGUAACGGUCACUAGAUUCAACAGUAUCACACCCAACUGAGAUCGAUUGAUGGAACGCCAUGUAUAAAUAAAUGCUCUUAUUUUACUAAAGCAAAGUAUAAGCAUCUCGAGAAAACACUUACAUGAUUUAACUGAGCAAUAGGACCCCGCCUUGUAAUACGUUUUUUUUUUCACAGAAUAAAGACGCGUUGAAAACUCGCACUGUAGAGAGCAUCACCAGUUUUUACUGGAAUGUGAACUCUUUCAGACAAAGAACUAGGGUAAUAAUGGCAGCUACAGAUGAUGCUCCCUUGAUAAGCCCAGAGUUUCAAUGGGAUACAAGGGACUGGCGGAUGGUUUUGUACAUUCAAGCAACCGAGUGCAAGCUUUACCUACAACUGAUGCAGUCAAUGUCCCCAACAAGAAUCGCUAUACGGUAAGAAUAACUUCUAGCACACGAUAAAAAAACGAUAAGAUAAAAAAGGUCCAAGAUCAUCGUGGAAGUUACUUUGAAGAAAAUAGGCCCUUACCGUUCUAGUAAAAAUCAGAGAAACAAACCCAAAAAGGAUGUCCGUGACACAGACCUCUAGAAGCAAGAAAGUAGUGUUUCUAACACGGUGACGGACAGUAAGGAUAAUUUUGAUUCAUCUAAAAAGCAAGAAAAUAAAAUGGGAUGUUCUUUUCUUCCCAAGUCGAACAAACCCGAUAUCGAAGGUGUAUCCUGGACGUCAGCCAGAUCAGCGAAAUAAAUUUUGAUAUAUUUUUUUUCAGAUUCUUGAUAUGUGGUGAUGACGACAAGAUCUUCACUUUGGAAGACGAAGUAAUGGCUGAAGGGCAAAUGCUUGGAACAGCAGUGCCCUUCAGCCUCUUGGAAAAGAAAGUAGAAGAAACGGGAGGGUUUUUACACGUAAAAAUUUUUAUAGAGAAAAUCAACCGCACUUGUUAA